AUGACAGAAACUUUCUUCAAAACUUUGAGCUCCUUGGUAGGCUUUGUAAUGACGAUGAUUGGUGUGCGUGUGCUGGGCAGGCAUCAUCAAGUUGACUGGAGGUCGCAGCGUUUUUCACAUAUGCUGUCAGGAAACAAAGACUUGUCAUAUAAAACAAAAACGUGGUCUGUGAAAGGGGAAGUAAGAGCUUACCGCCAGUUCAAGAUAGUCAAGAUAAAAGACAUGUCGACCAGUGUACCAGGCACGCAUGCUAUGUCCCUGGCUGGUAUCGAGUUAUAUGGAGUACUCAGUGUGCCAUAUUUGGACUAG